AUGAAGAUGUUGAGUCACUUGGAGAGGACAGGCUUUCCUGAGGAGGUGCUUGAUGAUAUAAUCAUAUUAAUCAAACCUGACAGUGUUCAUCUGUACUGCAACCCUGUGAAUUAUAACCAGCUCCUGCCCUAUGUGGCUCACUGGAGGAACCUGCAUUUUCACUGUCUCACUGAAAAUGAGUAUGAAGACGAAGAAGCCGCAGAGGAAUUCAAGAUCUCCAGCUUUGUGGACAUGGUCCGGGACUGCAGCCGGAUCGGGAUUCCCUACAGCUGCCAGGGUCACCUGCAGAUAUUUGACAUGUUCAUCGUGGAGAAGUGGCCGAUCGUCCAGGCCUUUGCUCUGGAGGGGAUCGGGGGCGACGGCUUCUUCACCAUGAAAUACGAGUUGAUGGAUGUCAGCGUUGAUUUGUGGAAGACCUACAGCAAAAUGGAUCCUGUUUCCUUGGAGGAUUUGCUCUUUGAGGAGUUGGUGAUUUUAGAAAUGAUUAAUCUUCUCAGGGAGGGUGAAGUCAGCCCCAGCCGGCAGCCCUUCGUCCUGUUUGGCAGCCACUCCACCAAGGAGAACCUGAACUCUGGUAACUUUAAUUUUCCAUCAGAAGGACACCUUGUUCGAAACACUGGCCUUGGUGGGAGCACUGCCAAGCACAUGGUAGUGCAGUGUGUGUCUCCCAAGGGACCUCUGGCUUGUUCAAGGACCUAUUUUUUUGGGACCAGUCACGUUCCUUUCCUGGGUGAUGCUCUGUUGUCGCAAAUCUAUUCUGCUGUUGUAGAGGCUGUGCUUGCUGGCAUUGAGUGCUAUGCUAAAACUUCCACUGAAUCCAAGGCAAAGGAGGUGGCAGAGCAGGUGCUCAUGGCUGUCUUAGACACCCUUUGCUUGACACAGCUCAAAUCUGCUUUACGCUCCAAAAUUGCUUUUCAAAUUCAGGCUGUGAACAAUCAUGGAAGAAUUACCCCGUUAGAUAACGAGGACAGCCUGAGUUUGAUCAAAACGGCGUCCAUGAUGGUGUUUGACAUUCCCGACUUGCUCACGGGAAGAGGAUGUUUGGGAUCUGUUGUGUUUUCAGAGUCCUUUCUGACAUCACAGAUACAAGUCAAAGAAAAAGAUGGCAGCAUUACUCCAGAAACCAGCCACGUUGUCCUGACUGCAGGAAUCCCGAGGUUCACAUCCUGGCUGGUUGAAGACAGUGAUGUGAAACUCUCUGAAAAGGCACAGCAGGCGUUGAAGGAGGAUAAAUCUUUCCUGGGCACUUUACUCACUGGAGGGGAUGGAGUGUAUCUUUGUUCCAGCAACCCACAGGCCAUGCCUGCAGAAGGUAAACUGCACUUCUUUUCUGAUGGCAUCCUCUUUGCUCAUCCCCACCACGGCAGCAUUUCCAUCUCCAAGAACCACAUGAGUUCCAUCUCCCUCUAUGAUGGGGAUUCGAACAGUGUUGUUGCUGCUCUCUUCAUAGACUUCAAAAGUUCCCUGCUUCCUCACCUCCCAGUUGAAUUCCAUACCCAGAACAACUUUCUGAUGAUUGCACUUUUCCCCAAAAGAAAGAUUUAUAAAGCUUUUUACUCACAGAUGAGACACAAGGAUUUUAUCAAAAUAGAGGCCUUGGGGGUGUUUAAUUGUUGUAGCUCAUUGCUAAUGUUGGGGUUGUCCCCUUCUUCCCUGUUCCCUGUUUUCCAGGUGAUCAUCACCAUCCUCACUGGGCUCCCAGGAUGUCGUUCCAGUGAUCUCUGUGCUUUCCUCGUCACCUUUACCAAGGAGUAUGGAAGGUGGAUUGUUUAUAGGCAAACCAUGGAUAGCCCAGAAUGUUUCAGUGCCACCCACUUCCAGAGGUACCUGUCCGGGGUCCUGGAGGCUCAGCAGAACCUCGGGGGCCGUCAGUCCAUGUUCUCCAAAAAGAACAAGAGGCUCCUGGUGGUCCUGCAGGGAUACACUGAUGUUAUUGAUGUUGUACAAGCUCUGCAGACUCACCCUGACCCAGAUGUGAAAUCUUCCUUCCUCAUUGGAGCAGUGAACACCUGUGUGGAGCCCCUGAGCUGCUACAUGGAGCACAGGCUUCUUUUUCCCAAGUUCUUGGACCAGUGUUCCCAAGGACUAGUGAGUAAUGUGGUUUUCACAAGUCAUGCUACAGAGCAGAGACAUCCCCUCCUUGUGCAGCUGCAGAGCCUGAUCCGAGCAGCAAAUCCUGCUGUUUCCUUCAUCCUGGCAGAGAAUGGAAUUGUAACAAGGAACGAGGAUAUUGAACUAAUUCUCUCAGAAAGCAGUUUUUCAAGUCCUCAGAUGAUGAGAGCUCGAUAUUUAAUGUACCCUGGCUGGUACGAAGGCAAAUACGGGGCUGGGCCCGUGUUCCCCCCCAUGGUGCAGAUCUGUGUGUGGUUCAGCCGCCCCCUGGAGAAGACCCGAUUCGUGGCCAAAUGCAAAGCCAUUAAGUCGUUGCUCAAGCCAAGCCCUUUUUCUGGGAACAUUUAUCACAUCAUGGGCAAAGUGAAGUUUUCAGACUCUGACAAAGUGAUUGAGGUCUGUCACAACACCUCCUCCAAUUCCCUGAGCCUGGUGCCUGUCCAGGAGGGGCCAACUCCUCCUGACUCCAGAAAUGAUCCCAGAGACUGCAGCAGUCAACAGGAAUACUUCCUUGUGUUCAUUGGCUGCUCCCUGAAGGAAGAGGAUAUCAAAGAUUGGCUCAGAGAAACUGCAAAACAGAAACCUCAGAGGAAAGCCCUGAAAACCAGAGGAAUGUUGACCCUUCAGGAAAUAAAGAACAUUCACGUGAAACGUCACUUGGAUCCGCUCCCAGCUGGUUAUUUUUACAACGGGACUCAAUUUGUGAACUUCUUUGGUGACAAAAUGGAUUUUCAUCCCUUAAUGGACCAAUUCAUGAACGAUUACCUGGAAGAAGCCAACAGGGAGAUCGAGAAGUACAACAGGGAGCUGGAGGAGCAGGAGUACCACGACCUCUUUGAGCAGAAGACAUAAAGCACGUGGGUCCUGGGGGUUUCCAAACCACCCAAAAAAUGCUCUUUGUCCUUGCUGGGUCCCUAGAAAUUGAGGGAAUUGUCUGUUUGUUCAGCACUCCUUUCCAAACUAAGAGAUCAUUCCUGUAAGGUUGGCGUUUAACACGGGAUCUGCUUAGCUGUGUGUCCUGUCAGGUUUGCUUCCACUUCACCUUAAUUCCAGACUGUCCAAAGCAUCACCUGGAAUCUCUGGGGGGGGUUGUGGGGACUUGUUCAAAAGAAGAACGAGGAGAAGAAGAAGAAGAAAAAGAAAAAGAAGCAAAACUUUAUUUAUUUCCUGUAGUUGGGAAUGUAAUCGUGGAAUUGGGCUUUGUGCAGAGAAUCAAACUGCUCUGGGUGUCCCUUGGAAUUUGUGGCACAGGAGCAUCGAUGAGCAGUGCUGGAUAUCAGGAUGUGGGAUUGGGGGUGUUCCCAAAGCCAGAAAUGGGGGAACAUUUACUCAGAAAAGUCCCCAAUCCCACAGCUGUGGGGUGUUCCCAAAGCGAGAAAUGGGGGAACACUGG